GCGGCGCGCUCUUGGCGAGAAUCAGGAGGAGGAGACAGCAAGGAUAGGCCCAGGAGCAAUGGCGUCCAAAGAGGAACAAGAGCAAAAAAAUCGCAACAUGGAAAGCGCGCAACAGGAAAAGGAAGAAAGGGAGCAGCCCCUUGUGCAGAAUGGAGAGGAAGCACAACAAGUGGGAGGAGGUGAAGGCCAGAAGCCUGGAAGAAAACGGGGGCUGAUUAGAUUGGUCCCUAAUUUUCGCUGGGGCAUACCUAACAAGCAUACUGAUCACAAUGAAGUGGGAGAUGAUGUAGAAAAGUUUGUAGGGCAAAUGGUGGAAGUCAAGAAAAAGACUAAGGAGCAGCAAAUGAGGCAUUACAUGCGCUUCCAAACUCCUGAACCUGAUAAUCAUUACGACUUUUGCCUUAUACCUUGAAUCCUAAGGGCUUUCCUGGGAUUAAUAAUGUGGCCUCUGCUCUAUAAGCUUGUAGUUUUGUGAUUUACAUUUUCUGUAAACCUUUGGUGUUUCCACUUAACAAUUUCUAUUUGAUUAUUGUUUUUGUCUUAAUGUUAAACUUUUUGGCAGCAGGGCUUUUU